AAAUGAAACAGCAAAUGAGCUAGUAUGGUUGUGUAUUAGGUAUGCAUUUAUGAAUAAUUGUUAUUAUACCAGAAAGCCUGUUGAGCACGUUAAGAAAGACAAAAUUUCUAAGUGGAUCAUAAGUUCUACUGCAAGUUAUUUAUCUAUGGUAUUAAGCAGUUUUGUUAGUCUAUGGCAUGACACCAACAAAAAGCACAGCUGUACUUUGAAAUUUGUCUUAAUCACAAUUCGAAAAUCACAUGAUCAUACAAAAGAAGAGGAAUAGAGAGGUAUUGUUACUUAAAAGAGUGGAAAUUUAAAAGUACUGUUCCACUCAAAUGAUUGAUAUGAAAGAUGAAUAUUACUGAUGUGGCUGAUGAUGGAAGUUUAUACACUUGUAUUUCUAAUAAUCGUCUUCUGAUUUAUGACGUUCCAAAUAACAAAUUACUUCAUAGCCUGACAGAAAAACCUGAAACUACAAAAACGAAGAUUCUGAAGAUUUCCCCAACAAACACUGCAGUUGCAUGGCUCAGGUCCGUUCCAAAUCAGUUAUCAGUGAUUCAUAUUAAUUCAAAAUUUGUCUCAAAUGUCAACCCGUCUGAAGAUUGUUCUUUUGAAUAUGUUUUAUGGAGCCGUCACAGUAAAUAUUUGGCAGCGUUUUCCAUACUUUCAAUAUUUACGGAUGUGUACACGCUUGAAAAUGAUAUUGUUGAACAUUUAACAAGUAUAAAUGGAGCCAAGUUUGAUGAUCUUGGUCAUCCCAUCGCUCAGUUUAGUCCUGAUGGAGAAUACUUUGCCUCUGUAAAUAUUUCAAACAAUGGCCAUACCAUUUCAGUGUACAGUAUCACAAAUUCAUCAUGGAAUUGUGUUCAGACGGUGUUGGUCACCGACUGCCUGGAUGUAGGCGGUGUACUGUGGUGCCAGGAUUCGGCAAGUCUACUGGUCUGGCAAGCAAGUGCAGGCCUAAGCAUGUCACUGCAGCUCGUCACUGUUGACGGCAGAGUGGAGCACACACUGCACGCAGACUCUGCACCCAUCACCAAUGUUUGUCUGUCUGCUUGUGGUCGAAUGGCUGCUCUACACUCGUCUGACACAAGGGUAAGGAUACUGGACUUGCUGACCUGGCAGCUGGGGUCUAUGGGAGUGUUAUUCCAUCCCCCAAUCGUGCAUGAGUCUUCCGCUAGGUCCAGGCUGAGAGAAACAGUACAUCAGAAUGAAUCAAUCAGUGUUUGUGGCCCAAUAACUUCAACUCUGUGUGAGUUGAAUCAUGAUGCCUCAAGAUCAAGAUUCCCACGUUUGCUACAGUUCAGCAGUGAUGCCCAUUACUUGGCCACAUAUGAGCCCAUCUUCCCUAAUACACUUUGGGUGUGGGACCUCACUUCCGAGCUUCCUCUGGAUACCAUCGUCAAACUAGCAGAUACCACUAAUGUUCUAGGUCUGCUGUGGCAUGAUAGCGAGCCUCAGCUUGCAGUAACUUUGUCAAACAAUAGUGUCUUGGUGUGGACACCUCAACAGACUGUAAUUCACAAUCAACAUAAGAAUAAACACUACCCGCUCACUGCAGAAACAUACAUGUAUUCCAAAUGUAAAUAAUACUAUCAUUAAAAUAUUUUUUUUUUACUUCCA